CCCGGCACGCCCAGCCGCCCCGCCCGGCCGAAGCGGGCCCGGAGACGCCCCGCAGGCCUGAGUGACCCUCGCAGCGGCGCUGUCCUCCUCAGCCGCUCGCAGCCAUGGACGUGUGCCCCCCACACCGGCUGGGGCUGCCCCGCGCACGGUCCCCCGGCGGCCCUGGCCGCGGGUCGCCCUCCGUCAGCUACUUAACAAAGCAAAUACGGUGUUGUUUCCUUGAAAGAAGGUUGUCAACUUACAUCUGCAGUCGACUCCGCCAGGUUCAGAGCAUCCUGACCCAGAGCAGCAAGUCUCAACCCGACGGGAUCCUCUGCAUCCUAGGAAUCGAUAGCAGGUACAAUGAAGGCUGCAGAGAGCUGGCAAAUUAUCUUCUGUUUGGUUUGUACAAUCAGAAUACCAGUGAUUUUGAGAAAACAGGGUUUUCUGAAGAAGUUCUAGAUGAUGUGAUUAUAUUGAUUAAAUCAGAUAGUGUCCACCUGUACUGUAAUCCUAUAAAUUAUCGCUAUCUUUUACCCUAUGUGGCACAUUGGAGAAAUCUGCAUUUCCACUGCAUGACUGAAAAUGAGUAUGAAGAUGAGGAAGCUGCAGAAGAAUUUAAAAUUGCCAGUUUUGUAGACAUGGUUCGAGACUGUAGUAGAAUUGGCAUUCCUUACAGCUCCCAAGGUCACUUGCAGAUAUUUGAUAUGUUUGUAGUGGAGAAAUGGCCAAUUGUACAGGCCUUUGCACUUGAGGGCAUUGGAGGGGAUGGAUUUUUUACCAUGAAAUACGAGUUGCAGGAUGUGAGUUUGAAUCUAUGGAAUGUCUACAGCAAGAUGGAUCCUAUGUCUCUGGAGAGUUUGCUUUCAGAAGAUUUGGUGGCUUUUGAACGUCAGUGGACUAACUUCUUCGCCAAUUUUGACACAGAAAUUCCCUUCUUGCUGGAAUUGUCCGAAUCUCAGGCGGGUGAACCAUUCAGAAGUUACUUUAGUCAUGGAAUGAUUUCCAGUCAUAUAACUGAAAAUAGCCCUAAUAGGCAGCCAUUUGUUCUCUUUGGUAAUCAUUCCACAAGAGAAAACCUGAAUGCUGGCAACUUUAACUUCCCUUCUGAAGGGCACCUGGUACGCAGCACUGGUCCCAGCGGGAGCUUUGCCAAACACAUGGUAGUACAGUGUGUUUCACCAAAGGGACCCCUUGCUUGUUCAAGAACAUACUUUUUUGGAGCUACUCAUGUUCCUUACUUGGGAGAUGACAACAAGCUGCCCAAGAAAACUGAACAAAUUAGGCUCUUGUCACAGGUAUAUGCUGCUGUUAUUGAGGCUGUUUUGGCUGCCAUUGUAUGUUAUGCUAAAACUUCCAGUCUAACAAAGGCCAAGGAGGUAGCUGAGCAGACCUUUGGAUCUGGGUUAAAUUUCUUUGAGUUGAUGCAGUUUAAGGCAGCCCUACGCUCCAAGAUGGCUUUUCAUAUACAUGCUGUGAAUAAUCAGGGAAGACUUGUGCCUCUGGACAGUGAAGAUAGCUUAUACUUUGUGAAGACGGCUUGUAUGACCAUCUAUGACAUUCCUGACUUGCUGGGAGGAAGUGGGUGCUUAGGAUCUGUGGUCUUCUCAGAAUCAUUUUUGACAUCUCAGAUCUUGGUUAAAGAAAAGGAUGGCACUGUUACCACAGAAACCAGCUUCAUAAUCCUGACAGCUGCCAUACCCAGAUUCUGCUCCUGGCUGGUAGAAGAUAUUGAAGCAAAAUUUUCUGAGAAAACCCAGCAAUCGGUUAUGGGAGAUGAGUGUUUCCUGGGCACUUUUCUAACUAGAGGAGAAGGGGCGUAUCUUUAUUCUAGUAAUCCACAGUCUUGGCCUGAGGAAGGGAAAGUACAUUUCUUCUCUGGUGGACUUCUGUUUUCUGACCGUCAUCACGGAAAUAUCAUCAUUUCCAAGGAUCACAUGAAUUCCGUUUUGUUCUAUGAUGGGGAUUCCACCAGUAUUGUUGCUGCCCUUCUGAUAGACUUCAAAAGUUCAUUGCUUCCCCAUCUUCCAGUUCAUUUCUGUGGAUCAAGCAAUUUUCUGAUGAUUGCCCUUUUCCCCAAAUCCAAGAUAUACCAGACAUUUUACUCAGAGGUCUUCUCCCCCUGGCAACAGCAGGCUAACUCAGGGCUGUCUUUAAAAGUGAUCCAGGAAGAUGGAUUAUCUGUGGAACAAAAGAGAUUACACUCCAGUGCACAGAAGCUCUUCAGUGUCCUGAGCCAUUCUGCUGGGGAGAAACGGAGUCCUCUAAAGCUACUCUCAGCCGAACUCCCAGAGCUGGAUGGGUUUCUCCAGCGUUUUGCCGUCAGCAGCAUUAGUCGGGAACCCGUGAUGAGGACCCAUCUCCCUGUCCUGCUGCAGCAAGCUGAAAUCAACCCUACUCACAGAGUAGAAAAUGACAAGGUAAUUAUCAGCAUUGUAACUGGCCUCCCAGGCUGUCAUGCUAGCGAGCUCUGUGCUUUUCUGGUCACUCUGCAUAAGGAAUACGGCAGGUGGAUGGUAUACCGUCAAGUCAUGGACAGCUCCGAAUGUUUUCAUGCUGCCCACUUCCAGAGAUACCUUUCCAGUGCCCUGGAGGCCCAACAGAACCGCUCUGCCCGCCAGUCAGCCUACAUCCGCAAGAAGACCAGACUACUGGUGGUGUUACAAGGCUACACAGAUGUUAUUGAUGUUGUCCAGGCCCUGCAGAUACAUCCAGAUUCAAAUGUCAAGUCCUCCUUCUCCAUUGGUGCCAUCACAGUGUGCGUGGAGCCCCUGAGCUGCUACAUGGAGCACAGAUUUCUCUUUCCUAAAUGUCUCGACCAGUGUUCACAAGCAAAUCUUUAUCUAAUGCCUGCUGUAACCCAGUCCUGGGGGAUUAAGAAAGGCUUCUGGAAGAGGUGCUAUUCAGAUUGUCUACACCCUGAAGGAGGAGUUGGCCCUCCUUCAAAAAAACGAGAGAAAAGAUGGCUCCAGGCAGAAGAAACAGCAAGAUUGAAGGCCUGAUGGUGAUUAGAGUACGACUAGGGCCCUGAGGAAGUGCAGCAUGCAGAUAGAUCAAGCAGGCCAAGAAGUUUAGAUAUCAGCCUAAAAAUAAUUGGAAUGCAUUAAAUAUUUUAAGUAGAGAAGUGACUUGAUCAGAUUUAUGUUUUUGAAAGAUUACUCUUACUACAGUAGGAAGAAUGAAUUGUAAAGGAAGCCUGGAAGUAGAAUGAGCAGUAACCUAGUGAAGAGAGAGCAGUGGUCUAAACCAGGCAGUUGGUAGCAGGGACUGAGAGUGGAGGAUGGACGAUGGCCCAGGUUUGGGGAACUGGGCAGUCGGUGUGCCUUUCACCAAGUGACCACUUGGAUGUCAGGGGAAGUCAUUGAGGAAACCCACCCUUGAAUCCUCAGAGGUCUCUCAAGCACUGUGCAGAGGCAUAUGGGCCAUAUUUACCUAAGGCCGACUGACUUGCUGUGGAGCACUAACAGAUACCUGCGAAGAGCAGGACUCAUGUCUCAGAACCAAGGAACCAAUAGAUUCCCAAACAGUGUGUAAGCACUCAGGAAGCAGAUUGUGUGCUCAGCAGUCGAGCCCUACCUCCUGACAUCUAUGAUCCUAGGCAUAUUGUAUACCCUUUGUGUGUGCCCUGUCCCCAUUGUUACACACGAGCAUUGACAUGAAGCUCCUAACCCCUGUUCCCUGGUUGCGAAUGGAAUGUGUUUAUGAGGUUAGAUUCAGUCUUUAGAGUUUUGGAACACUUUUUAUAAGUAUGAUUGGUGAGAGGAAGGAAGUAUCACUAACUUCUGCCUCAGACCAGAGGCAGGGGCCAGGGGUCCUGGAAGUUGCCUUCAAACCAGUGAUAGCCACUCAUCUAAACCAUGGGCUCAGCAGCCUAGGCUGGUGAGAGUCAUGUGACUUACCUUCCUGCUUGUUGCUGUGGCUAAGGUGUGCCACAGCCACCUCUGUCAGUCUGAGGAAUGGAUCGGUCCAGGCUCCUUGGUGUACAUGUAGGGGUCCCAUUCCCAAAUGAUGAGAUGGUGGUGGUAGUAGUGUCAGGUUGCAUUUAAUGAGUUCUUACUCUCUGUAGCCUGUGAUAAAGCAUUUCACAGAUAACCUGGAGAUAUGUGUUCCCAUCUGACAGAGGAGGAAAUUUGGGCUCAGAGAGAAAGUUGAGCAAUUUGCCUAAUGUCACCCAUGAAUAAUUAGUGGAACCGAAAAUUCAGACUCAGGUUUACUUGGUUCUAAAAACCCAUGCUUUAAUCUUUACCUUAUGCUAUCUUUUUACAUACAUGAAGAAGAUAAAUAAAAAUAUAAGCCCUAUAUUUUAAGCACUGCCUGUGUUAUUCAAAGGAGCUCUCGUAGCUCAGAGAAAGAGACAGCAAGGUGGCAUGAGGGGAGGAUUGGGAUGGUAAGGUAUUAGAGAAGAUUGUAAGGAAGAAGUAAGCUUUACCAAAAAAUUUUUUAAAAGGGCUUAAGUGAAAAAACAAGGUACAGAAUGGUAUAGUAUGCCACUGUUUGUGGGAAAAAUGUAUACAUACACAUUUACUUGUAAAUACUCAGCACAUAUCUGGAAGAAAACUCUGAUAAAUAUGGUUGCCUCCAGGGAAAGAAGUAGGUUGCUGGAUAGGAAGGGAAUUUACUUUCUCUGUGAACCCUUCUGUGCAUUAUGAGUUUUGCCCUCAAAAACUAAGUACAGCUAAUCCUUUAAAAAACAAAACACUUGACUGAAGUAAACAGUAUUAGUAAGAGUCCUCUGUACUGAAUAUUCAUUAUUCAGGAUCCUACAAUUACAAGGUUACUUAGGAAAGCUGAAGUCUCAUAAUUUAGAGACAUUCACUUAUGAACUAAUCGUUUAUAAAACUAGUCUCUAUUAGUAAAAAGAUUGAUGAUGAGCAUUGAGCCUUCUUAGGUAUAGAAUUAAUUAUAGGCUUCCCUGGUGGCGCAGUGGUUAAGAAUCCGCCUGCCAAUGCAGGGGACACGGGUUCAAACCCUGGUCCGGGAAGAUGCCACAUGCCGUGGAGCAACUAAGCCUGUGCGCCACAACUACCGAGCCUGUGCUCUAGAGCCUGCGAACCACAACUACUGAGCCUGUGCACCUAGAGCCCGUGCUGCACAACAAGAGAAGCCACUGCAGUGAGAAGCCCACGCACCGCAACGAAGAGUGCCCCCGCUUGCCGCAACUAGAGAAAGACCACGCGCGGCAACAAAGACCCAAUGCAGCCAAAAAUAAAUAAAAUAAAUAAAUUUAUGAGAAAAAAAAUUAAUUAUAACACCUAUGAGAAUGCUAUUACAAAAUAGAAUAUAAAUGUUGAAAAUCUCAAAAACCUAUAAAUGAAAUUAUAUUUAAUAAAAAAUUAGGAGGCAACAAGAGAGAGAUAUUACCUCUACAUCUUCUCAAGUGGGAGAUCAGUAAAUUUUAAAGCUGUUAAGUCAAGUUGUAAAGAGUUAGUUAUACUCUUUAAAGAUACAAAAUUAUCCACUCGGGCUUCUCUGGUGGCAUGGUGGUUAGGAAUCCACCUGCCAAGUCAGGGGACACGGGGGUGAGCCCUGGUCUGGGAAGAUCCCACGUGCCGUGGAGCAGCUAAGCCCAUGCGCCACAACUACUGAGCCUGUGCUCUAGAGCCCACGAGCCACAACUGCUGAAGCCCACGCUCCUAGAGCCUGUGCUCCACAACAAGAGAAGCCACUGCAGUGAGAAGCCCACACACUGCAAUGAAGAGUAGCCCCCGCUCGCCACAACUAAAGAAAGCCCGCGCGCAGCAACGAAGACCCAACACAGCCAUAAAUAAAUAAAUAAAUAAAUUUAUAAGAACAGUAAAACUUUAAAAAAAAAUAAGUAUCCACUAGAGGAACUAUAAAAUUAUUAAUGUAACCAACCAGAACGUGAUAGUGGAGAAGUGGGACAAAUUUAAGGGUAUAUGAACUUCCUUGUCUGUCAUAUGGAAAAGUCAAAAGACAUUGUCUAAAGGUGACAUAAGGAUAGCUAUCAUAAGAACAUAAAACAGACUAUAAGCCCACCACUUAUCAGAAGGAAAGCAGAAAACAGAAUGCAGAAAUCAUACUGCUAAAAGUUAAAAAAAAUUUUUUUUGAAUAGAAUUCCACAUAAACAAGGUAACAGAAACAAAGUGUCAGUAAAUAUAAAUGGUAUAAACACCUAGUAAAAGGAAAAGUAUCUCAGAUUAAACCAAAAAAUAGAAUCUAAUUAUAUGAUGUUCUGUACAAGAGGAGCAUCUAAAACUAAGUAAGGAUGGUGAUAAAAGAACGGACAAGAUAUAACAAACGAAUGCAAACAAAAAGAAAUGGGGUUGAUAUUAAUAACAGCAGGGUUGAAUACCAGGCAAAAUAUUGAAGAGUCUAAAAAGGGCAGUUUUGGGAGUUUCCUGGUGGUCCAGUGGUUAAGACUCCGUGCUUCCACUGCAAGGUGCACGGGUUCAAUCCCUGGUCGGGGAACUAAGAUCCCGCAUGCUGCACAACACGGCCAAUAAAUAAAUAAAAGGGCAAUUUUUAAUGAUAAAGGACACCAUCUACAACCUGUCAUGAAUAUUUCUGUACCAAAUAAUUCAAAAGAAAGCAUAUACCUUUAAGUUACUAUGUUACUAAACAAGAAAUAAUUUUUCUUUUUAUUGAGAUAUAAUUGACAUAUAACAUUGUAUUAGUUUCAAGUGUAUAACAGAAUGAUUUGAUGUUUGUAUACAUUGCAAAAUGAUAACCACAAUAAGUUUAGUUAACAUGCAUUGCCUUACAUAGUUACAAAACAAUUUUUUUCUUAUGAUGAGAACUUUUAAGAUCUACUCUCUUAGCAACUUUUAGUUAUUCAGUACAGUAUUAUUAACGGUAGUUACCAUGCUGUACAUUACAUUUCCAUGACUUAUUUGUUUUAUAACUGGAAGUUUGUACGUUUUGACUCUCUUCUCCCAUUUCUCUCACCCUCUACCCCCUGCUUCUGGCAGCCACCAGUUUGUUCUCUGUAUCUGUGGGCUUGGUUUUUGUUUUUGUUUUUUGUUUUUGUUUUUAGAUUCUGCAUAUAAAUGAGAUAUAAUGAGAUCAUAUGGUAUUUCUCUGUCUGACU